CUGUACCGGUCUUUUAUUCUUGAUUUAUUCUUUUCAAGGGUGGUUGCGGAGUCCCUAAAAUCGGGAAAAUCUGUCAUCCCUGUGACAUAUCCUUCAGUUUCCAUCUACUUUAGUGAUAUCGUUGGUUUCACUACAAUUUCUGCCAUGUCAACACCCUUGCAAGUCGUCAAUCUGCUGAAUGAACUGUACACCAUGUUUGAUGAUACGAUUGACGCCUACGACGUGGAAACAAUCGGAGACGCCUACAUGGUUGCAUCCGGACUGCCGAUUCCCAAUGACGAACGACAUGCAAGCGAGAUUGCAAUUAUGGCAUUAGACCUGUUGAGCCAUUGUGGAACAUUUACCAUUAGCCACCUACCAAACGUGCCACUGAGGAUCAGAAUCGGACUGCAUUCUGGUAGGCUGGGAAUAUCAUCUACAUUUGUUCAGUUUCUUAUUAUACAUGAUAAACAAGUUAUUAUUUAUGUCCGUUAA